AUGUGGUGGGUGUGCUUCCUCCUCUUCCUCACUCCUCUGGUGUCCGCUCAGACCCUGCGCUGUGGCGCAUGUCCAACCAUCGGUGUACAGUCGGGAUUCGACCUGUACCGUUACCUAGGCCGCUGGUUUGAGAUAACCAAACUACCAGCAUCCUUUGAGAGUGGAAAGUGCAUCGAGGCUAACUACGCUCUGAGAGAAGAUGGGACCAUUCAGGUGCUCAACAAACAGAUGUGGGAGAGAGGGAGGAGUAUAGAAGGCACUGCAGUGGUUACAGACCCUAAAGAGCCAGCCAAACUUGGGGUUAGCUUCUCUUUCUUAUCUCCUGUAGGUACAUACUGGGUACUGUACACAGAUUACACCAGCAUUGCCGUGGUCUACUCCUGCACUGAUAUACUACGGGUUUCUCACGUGGACUACGCCUGGAUUCUGGCCCGGUCCCGAUUCCCGUCUGAGGAGACCAUGAGGAACGCUACAGAAAUCCUGGAGAAAGCAGGAGUCAAACCAUGUGAGCUGAUACCAACGGAUCAGACUGGCUGUUUAGAUGACACUAUGUGA